AUGUUACGCUUUAUUUGCUCAUUUAAAGCAAAGAAUACAUCAUUUUAUGAUAUUUUUCCUCGCAGGCGAGUAUUUUGGACAUACUGUUCCUCUAAAUGGGAUUUAAAUGAAGCACCUUUACCAUUUCCCAUCAAUAAAUUUCCUUUUAUAUUUAAGCAUGCAAAAAAAGCACCGACUCGUCCUUCUUUUUUUCCUGUUUCAAAAGGCUUAAAACCUAUGACAUAUAUUUUUGAUUCUUUACAACAAUUUUUUGCGUCAUAUAUUUCAUAUUCUUCAGCAGAAACAAGAUUUGGACAUGAUUAUUGGCCUAACGAGUUCUGUGUUGGAGGAACAUAUGCCACACGCCAGUUUUUUCAUCUUCUUAAAGAACCUAAGUCAAAAUUAUCUAAAAUUAUGACUGAAGAUUUACUUCUACUCCUUGAUGAUUAUAUUACAAAAGAUGGUCAGCCGCCAUUGAAAUUACGGCCUUAUAUUUAUUUGAAUCGUGUCUACAAUUCAAAAAUUCGUACAGUAUUUGUUAAUUUUGGAUCUAAAGAUACAUUUAAACGUCUUUCAGAACUUGAGAAGUUAAAUGAAAGAGAUCCUAGAUAUAUAAGAGUACGAUGGAAGACGUUUAAUAUUGGGUUAAAGUUAGCUCCAGAUGAAAAAGAUAUACCUACAUCAUUUACUAUUACGAAAAAUGCAGCUUUAAGAGAAAUGAAAAAAGGGAUAUCGUAUUCUGUCGAUUUGGAGAUAGAUGGUGAAUUUGAAACGGGUUAUUUUGAUUCAUUGGAUGAAAAAGAUAGCGUUGAACCCAAAAUUGUAAAUAGGGAACGACGUAUAAUAGUUGUAACAUUCCAAAGUCAGCAUUGUGAUCCUGGAAGCAGAUUAUCAGUAGAAAAUGUAUUUUGUGAUGAUGAACUUGUAAAUGAAGGUGUCGAGUGGAAAAUAUCGGAUAUAGAUUAUGUGAUAUUUGAAAAGAAAUUAGAAGAGAUUACGCGGUAUAAUUAA